AUGCCUUCCGUCCGGAGUAAAUGGGUCCCUCCAGUGAGAUCAACAGGCAAUAACAACAACAAAGAGCAGGAGGAAGAUAUGAACAGCAGCAGCAACUAUGCCUCUCUCCUGUCGGUGUGGGGUUUUUCUCCGGCUCCGUUCCCACAUCUAUCCAUCAUUCAUCCAAAUAUUGCCCAGCACCUUUGGACGGAGGUGCAGUCCUCCUUGUCUGUCUGUUCCAAGACAGUGAGUCCCACCGGAAUGACAAGCAAGAAUCUUCCAGAGCCAAAGCACAAAUGCUUGGCUGGCUUUGAGCUGAGCCGUCCCACUGGGGAUCCAGGAGAAGCAGUGAAGGAUGGAGACCAGCCAAGCGCAGACAGACCACGAGAGCCUCCUCAAACCAGACACCGGCUAGCCAAGAGGAGGAGGAGGAAGUACGGGGAGGAAAGAGGAGGGCUGUGA